CACCGGCCUCAGCCUUAAUAUUCUUAAUGUUAAUACAUUUUAUGACUGGGUGUGCUCCUUAUCCUUAAUAAUAAUAUGAAUGCCGGGCCUUCUCCAUAGCUUAAAUAAUAUUAACGGAGUAUGAAUCAUAUUUCAGUGGAUUGGUGGGGCCUUGAUGUUAGUCUGAAGAGUUUUGUAGAAACGAUCACGUGACUGUUCUGGUCCUCGAUAGAUUCUCUAGACCUCUACCAGGUCCUCUAUUUCUGUAUCCAUGAUACAGGCCCUCCAGUUCUCUACGCGGUCCUCUUGUCCUCUGUAGAUUAUACAGGUCCUCCAUUCCUCUACCAGGUUCUCUACUCCACUGUAGAUGACCAUACAGGUCCUCUAGGCUCAUCAAUACAGCACUCGCCCUCUUCAGAACAUUGUGAUUAGGGAUGUUGUUUUGGUCCAUCCAAACCCCCAACUAACUAACCCUAACCCAAAGCGACACCUACUAUCACACAUGGUCAGAGUUGACCACUUGUGGAGAUGGAUGGUUAAAUGUUUCAAUUCAUUGAAUGCAAGGCAGCUGAGAUGUAGUCGGCUGUAGCCUGGAUUUGAACAAAGGCCGGCUACAGUUUUUAGACAUGUGACCCCAAUUUUUGUUUAUAAAGACCAAAACAUCUUAUCUGUACUGUCUAACCCCUACCUGCUCCUUAAUGACCUUUCUUUGUACUGUCCAACUCCUACCUGCUCCUUAACGACCUGUCUCUUUACUAUCCAACCCCUACCCGCUCCUUAAUGACCCGUCUAUGUACUGUCUAACCCCUACCUGCUCCAAAUGACCUUUCUCUGUACUGUCUUUCCACUACCUGUCCAUGUUGCUGUAUUCACUGUCAAAGCCCUACCUGCUAUUGACCAGACUUUGAUAAAGUAUAGGUUAUAUACUCAGAUUUGACACAAAAAGCGGCAUGUUUACUGAUUUCUGGGGUUGUUUGUAGUUGAAGAUAUGAGGCCUAAAAAAAUAAAGUUUGGUUCCUGUUGGUUGUCAGUUGAGGUCAUGGGCAGGUAGGGAAUUUAUUUUAUUUUUUCCAGUGGCAGCGAAUGAUAGGUAGGUUGUUUUCAUUUAAAAACGAGAGAAUGCGCUCAUCCUUGUACAGAAUGAAGAGGUGCUAAAAAAAACGUAAUUAUAGUUUGAUCAAAACUUUGCUUUUUUUUUAAAUUCUUCUUUUUUUUUUCAAGAUCAUAAAAAAAUUUGGGUCACACAUAAAUUGACAGGGUCGGUCGGAAACCUUCAGAAUUUUUUUUUAGGCCCGAUAUUGUGGUGUUGGCAUCUCUUCAUUAGCAUCUGGCUGCAAGAGAUAAGAGCUAGUUGUGUUCCGAUAGUCUUCUACUGGGAACCAGCCUAUAGCAGGAUGACGCACUGCUUGAGUAAAUUCUGUAUCUGCGGACAACACCCAACCGGCAUUAACCCUAGAUAGCUAGAGUUAGCUCUAGUUAUCCAAUGACAACUAGUGUCGGCUUCGUUAGCCCAGACGUAUCAAUGUUCGAUCUAAUAUCUCAGGAUCUAACCAUGUUUCUCCUUGCUUAUUGUCGUAUUGGCAACUUAGGGUUGGUUUGAGUUAAAUAGGAGAGCACAGCACUGCCAGGGUGAGGGGUACAAUUCCCACUAGAAGAGCAAGGCAUUAACAAGAUCUUCCAGGAGGAUGUGGAUCUGAGGAUGCUCAGAGUGCUGAUCGUAACCAUGGUGAUGUUUGGGGCGGGGCAGGCGUGCAAGGCGGGCCAGGAGAACUGUUCUGUGAACAACGAUGCCAAGGACUACUGCUACUCGGCCCGUAUUCGCAGCACGGUCCUGCAGGGCCUGCCCUUCGGGGGCGUGCCCACCGUCCUGGCGCUGGACUUCAUGUGCUUCCUGGUUCUCCUAUUUGUCUUCUCCAUCCUGCGGAAGGUUGCCUGGGACUAUGGACGGCUGGCCCUGGUCACUGACGCAGACAGAUGGAAGAAGCGUUUCAGCGAACUACACGAUCAGGGAUACCGGAGGAGAGACAGAGAUGACUAUGAGCCGAUGAAGAGUGUUGCCUCGGCGAUGCACUCGGAGACACCGGACCGCUACGAACGGCUCACCUCCGUCUCCAGCUCAGUAGACUUCGACCAGCGAGACAAUGGCUUCUGCUCCUGGCUGACGGCCAUCUUCAGAAUAAAGGACGAGGAGAUCCGGGAGAAGUGUGGGGAGGACGCGGUGCACUACCUGUCCUUCCAGCGCCACAUCAUCGGGCUGCUGGUGGUGGUGGGCGUGCUGUCGGUGGGAAUCGUACUACCGGUCAACUUCUCUGGAGACCUGCUGGAAAACAACGCCUACAGCUUUGGAAGGACCACGAUCGCCAACCUGAAGUCUGGGACCAACCUGCUGUGGCUCCACACGUCGUUCGCCUUCAUGUAUCUGCUGCUGACCGUCUACAGCAUGAGGAGACACACGUCCAAGAUGCACUACAAAGAGGAUGACCUGGUGAAACGCACUUUAUUUAUCAACGGGAUAUCCAAGUACGCAGAAGAGAGCCAGAUCAAGCAGCACUUUGAACAAGCGUAUGAGAACUGCACGGUUCUGGAGGCCCGGAUCUGCUACAACGUGGCCAAACUCAUGUCUCUCAAUGCUGAACGGAAGAAGACGGAGAGAAGUAAGAAGUUCUUCACAGACCUGAUGGCCAAGGAGCACAUGCCCACCAUGAUCAACCCCAAGCCCUGUGGACACCUGUGCUGCUGCGCCAUCACGGGCUGUGAGGAGGAGGAGGCGGUGAGCUACUACACCAAGAGGGAGUCCAAGCUGAAGGAGGAGUACAGGAAGGAGAAGGAGAAGGUCAACACCAAGCCUCUGGGCAUGGCCUUUGUCACGUUCCAGAACGAAGCCAUGACCGCCAUCAUCCUGAAGGACUUCAACGCGUGUCAGGUGCAGGGCUGCCACUGCCGGCAGGAGCCGCGCUCCUCCACCUCCAGCGAGAGCCUCCACGUGUACAACUGGAGCGUCAGCUACGCCCCGGACCCCCAGAACGUCCGCUGGGAACAUCUUUCUCUAGGGGGGAUCUCUUGGUGGAUCCGCUGCUUCAUCAUAAACUGCAUCCUCUUCCUCCUCCUCUUCUUCCUCACCACCCCCGCAAUAAUUAUCUCCACCAUGGACAAGUUCAACGUUACGAAACCAGUCGAGUACCUCAACAACCCCAUCGUGACCCAGUUCUUCCCCACCCUGCUCCUCUGGGCGUUCUCCGCCCUGCUCCCCACCAUCGUCUACUACUCCGCCUUCUUCGAAGCCCAUUGGACCAGGUCGGGGGAGAACAGAACCACCAUGCACAAGUGUUACACCUUCCUCAUCUUCAUGGUCCUUCUGCUGCCCUCCCUAGGGCUCAGCAGCCUGGAUGUGUUUUUCCGCUGGCUGUUUGAUAGGAAGUUCCUGGCCGAUGCCACCGUCAGGUUUGAGUGUGUGUUCCUGCCUGACAACGGGGCGUUCUUCGUGAACUACGUGAUUGCGUCAGCGUUCAUUGGUAACGCCAUGGACCUGCUGCGCAUACCGGGCCUCCUGAUGUACAUGAUCCGCCUUCUGAUGGCCCGCUCGGCCGCCGACCGCCGCAACGUCAAGAGACACCAGGCCUAUGAGUUUCAGUUUGGGGCAGCGUACGCCUGGAUGAUGAACGUCUUCACCGUGGUGAUGGCCUACAGCAUCACCUGCCCCAUCAUAGUCCCCUUCGGUCUCAUGUACAUGCUGCUGAAGCAUCUGGUGGACCGCUACAACAUGUACUACGCCUACCUGCCCUCCAAGCUGGACAAGAAGAUCCACUCCAGCGCCGUCACCCAGGUGGUGGCCGCGCCCAUCCUCUGCCUCUUCUGGCUGCUCUUCUUCUCCACCGUCCGCACAGGUUUCGUGACGCCCACCUCCAUGUUCACCCUGGUGGUCCUGAUCGUCACCAUCGUGGUCUGUCUGUCCCACGUCUGCUUCGGGCACUUCAAGUACCUCAGUGCCCACAACUACAAGAUCGACACGAAGGAGAGUGAAGUGGACGUGGUGGAGAACGGCCGUCCAGCGAGACCCACCUCGUCUCCAUCCAGUAAAGCUCAGCAGCAGAUGUACAUCGCCCACGUGCUGCAGGAGGAGGGAGGCGUGGGAGCAGCCGAGGAGGACCGCAGCUCCUCCCAGGAUGAGGAGCUGAUGAACGGGGGGAACAUCAACGAGGCCGACUUCCUGUCCGGGGAGGACAGCCUCAUCGCCAACGAGGCAACAACCGAUGUCUGAAACACCCCAGACCUCCAUUUGGGAAACAGCUGGGAGGUGAGGCUAGCACGUUCCCACUGGAAGAAUGUGACUACAGGACCUGGUCAUGGCGGCCUUCAUUCAUUCACCCGGCGGCCAUCUUGGUUCAAAGUGCUCUGGUACUCCUCUGUGAAUGAGACCCACAGGGUUUUAGUUCCCCUAGUAGAAUCAGAACACCUCUGGUUUCACCUUGUUUGCACUCUUAUUGUUGAAAAUGCUUACUCGAGUAUAGAAAAGCCUUUUUUAGAAGGGCUAUGUUCCACUUGUCCUCCCCUAUAACUGCAGAGCAGAGAGCAGAACUCUGUUGGCGGGAAUGCUAAGAGCUGGGGCCUACCCUCUCCCCAAACUAGUCUUUAACACCUUGAUCCACUUCUACACAAGAUCCAUCUUCACCCAAAGGUUUAGGAAUCCAGAAGUUUGAUCCUCUGGAGGUUUAGAGGUGAACCUCCAGAUGUUUAGAGAACAACCUCUGGAUGUUAAGAGGUGGAGCUCCAGAUGUUUAGAGGUGAACCUCCAGAUUUUUAGAGAACAACCUCUGGAUGUUAAGAGGUGGAGCUCCAGGUGUUCAGAGGUGAACCACCAGAUGUUCAGAGGUGAACCUCCAGAUGUUUAGAGGUGAACCUCCAGAUGUUUAGACGUGAACCACCAGAUGUUCAGAGGUGGACCUCCAGUUGUUUAGAGGUGGACCUCCAGAUGUUCAGAGGUGAACCUCCAGAUGUUUAGAGGUGAACCUCCAGAUGUUUAGAGGUGAACCACCAGAUGUUUAGAGGUGAACCACCAGAUGUUUAGAGGUGAACCUCCAGAUGUUCUAGAGGUGAACCUCCAGAUGCUCUAGAGAUGAACCUCCAGAAGUUUAGAGGUGAACUUCCAGAUGUUUAAAGGUGAACUUCCAGAUGGUGGAACCCUUAAUGUUUUGAGGAGAAACGCUGAGUCUUAGAGAACCAAUGACCUAGCUCGGCCCAUCAGCGGCGAUGUCAGAGUGUUAUCAAAGUAAUGAUGAGGUCGGUCAUGGAUGGGGGAGUGGUGUUGUUGGGCGGGUUUAUGUAAAUGAGCGGGGUGGGUUGUGAGCUGAUCUCGGGUUUGCCGUGGUAACUGCGUUGCUUAGUUUGAGCCCUUUCUUGGCUUCUCCUGCUGUAGUUACCAUGGUAACACUUUCUCCUCCUGAAUGACUUGGCUACUGACGUAGUGGGGAUGGGAGCCCGGGUGGGGUUAUGUAAAUUAGUUACUUACACUGAACAAUGCAGAGGAGAUGCUAAAUGUGAACGGCUGGUUUUUCAGAUCAUUGCAAUAAAAACGCUUCUAGCAACUCAUUCUCUUAGAGCAGCCGCCCCAGUCAGUCUCAGGUGUGUUUACAUCACUUUGUUCUCAAGUCCGUCUGUAGCGUUUUGUCUUACGUGUGGCUGUUUGAUACGGAGCUAGACUAUGAAAGCUGUAGCCACGCCCCCCACCACGGUCCAAUACGUGUAACAAAGUGAAACUACGUUGGGGAGCGCUGGGGAACAGCUUCUGAGAAGCCUCCCUCCCGCAGAGCGUGGCUACACGCUGGAGGAUGGAGCGCUCCUGUGUCAAACCUUUUCUAUUCCGCGUCGUCUGAAGCCGCCUUGGCACACCGGUGCUGGUCUGGACCGGUCUAGUCUAGUCGCUGGGUGGUUGGUUAGAGGGUGUGGUCCGACUACUGGGCGGGCGGUACUAUAUAUAUUGGUGGGUUGCCCCCUGGAGGCGUAACGCGGUACUGCGUGAAGGGGCGUGGACAUAUUUUGUAAAGCUAUGUUGAACAGUGUUUGAUACCGAACAUGUGUUGAUGAAAUGUUGAUAGCUGUUGUAACAUGUAAUAUACUGACCGGUUUCUCUUAGUCCUUUUUUUUAUUGUCGCUUAAGAUAUUUAAUUUAUGAACAGAAUGUGAACUUAAAGAUGAAUUAGUGUGAAACAUAAUGGGAUAGGGAACUAUUGGCUUAAAGCUUGGGGUUGGAUGUAAAUAAAACACCAUGUAUAUACAGCCAUCAGACUGCACUGUUGCUCAUACUAACAUGUCCUAGAGAUGUAGUCCAUGUCUCCAACACUGGGGGCGCUGUGUAUGAAUAUAGCGCCACCAUAACCCUUUUGGCUUUCUACUCCACAGUCUGAGACUAACCCUUACCGUGACCCCUGACCUUAACCCUGAUCCCAACCCUGACCCUACCCUGAUCCCUGACCCUAAACCCUGACUCGAACCCUGAACCAUGACCAAAACCCUGACCCCUGACCCCUGACACCGACCCUGAACCCUGACCUAAAUCUACAUCCUGUUCAUUAUUGACUCGAUCCUUUAGGGAGCACAGCGACACAUCAUCAACGUUUUCUUGAUCAAUAAAGUUGGCGCUCAUCCUUCAAAAUGUUAUUGAGUGUUUUGUUGGAUCACAA